AUGGGCUGGUCUGAAGUGGUCCACAAAUGGGGCUUGCAAAUGCUGGAAAGAGCUGGGUUUCUCAAUGUCGAUGUGCUUCUUGCCGAUGAUUGGUAUAUGAGCCCCUUCGGCAAAUUUGCUGCUGAGGUUACGAAUCCUCAAAGGCUCCCGGACCAGCGUAUCCAUCCGGUGUUUUGGAAGGACCUAUGGCAUAAGACGACCGAUACAGAUUACGACCUGAUGAGACCUGCUCUGAUUUUAGCAAGCGCUUUCCUAGACGACCCUACCACAUUGUGUCUUUUUCAUGCAAUGGCAGUACCAGCAGAUCAGAUGACAACAUUUCUGGACCCCAAGCUAGGCUGGUGUAAAAGAUUGGACGUCCCGGCCACUUUGAACGAUGACCAGCAAAUAGAUACCUACCACAAGAUAUGUAUGAUGAGACAAUAUAUGUCCAUUUGUUGGGAAACCUUUGACAACCUGAACAAGUAUGGUGCAGUGGCAUACACCAAGCCCCAGCUUGGUAGGCCGGUUGCGACAGGCCCCAACACCACUAAGUCAUCUAUUUGCAUAAGCCGAGUCUAUCUCGAAGUCAUGGAACGAUACAAGAACAGGUCUACAGAUUCGACGUUCGAGGCGUAUUUCGAUGGAAUCUUGGACAAUGCCGGCGUACCCGAGAACCGCAGACCUCGUAAAAUCGAUUUGGACUCGGCUGCACUACGCGCCACCCUCAUGUUUGCAUCAUAUCUGCUCCACGAAUUCGCCCAUGCUUUCUGCAAAGCCUACGUUGCAAGACCACCAGAGAGACCACCAACCACUUGGGCACGCGAACCAUGGCUAGCAGACAACAGAAGUAACGAGCUCGGCCUUGCUUUCACCGACGCCAUUUUCGGUGGCGUACCAACUUCAACUGUAUUUCGUCAUAAAGAUUUCAACACUCCUGAGGAAGGAUACGCACAGUGUUAUUAUGCACCUUUUGGGCUUCACUUUCCAAGAAAGUGGAAGCAAUGGUCAACCAAAACCAAGCCGGACGAAGGCUUGUUGGAACAAGGCAAACAAGAUGACCUUACCGCGCCGAUGACCUUUUAUCCCAUAUCACAGCAACAAGUUGUCGACAUGUUCGACGAGGAGAAAUGGAAUAACGAUGUGUUGAGAAAUGGUAUCGGGGCGCUCAAAUUCAAGGCACACCGCGAGUGGGCUGUACACCGCACUCCGGGGCCUGACCCUGACAACCCCCUGAAGUCUUCCGGCUUCAUAUAAGUGGAACUCUGGAGUCAGU